GUGGUUAUCGUUGGCAGAAGGUAAUAUUUACUCUGCUCUACUCACUAAUUUGACACUGUCGUGUUCCUUUGAAUUUGCCUUUAACCGAUAAACCCUCUUUUCAUGUUAUUGUUCUGCAACUCCAAAUGGCGGCUUUUGCUAAACCCUCCCAUCUUCACGCUCAAAGGGACAAUCCCAUUCUUCCUUCUAGAACCACUUCCACCAACUUCAAUUUCAAAACUUUCACUUUCUUCCAUAACUUGCUCACACUCAGAAAAGUUAAACAUGUUUGUGUCUCAAGUUCUGCCACUACCACCACCUCUCUCAGCAACAAUCCCAACUCCGAUAUUUGCAAGUUUUGCCUCCUUGGGAACUUGGACCGUGCCAUGAGCUACUUGGACUCCAUGCACGAGCUUCGAAUUCCCGUUGAAGAUGAUGCUUACGUUGCUUUGAUACGGCUAUGUGAGUGGAAGAGAGCAAGGAAAGAAGGGUCUCGUGUUUUCUCCCAUGUUUCCAUGUCCAUGACUUGUUUGAGCACUCAACUGGGGAACGCGCUUUUGAGCAUGUUUGUGAGGUUUGGGAACUUGGUGGAUGCCUGGUACGUGUUUGGGAGAAUGGAGAAGAGGAAUUUGUUCUCUUGGAAUGUUUUGGUUGGUGGGUAUGCUAAAGCUGGCUUCUUUGAUGAGGCACUGGAUCUCUAUCAUAGAAUGUUGUGGGUUGGAUUGAGGCCUGAUGUUUACACUUUUCCUUGUGUUUUGAGGACUUGUGGUGGCAUGCCUAACUUGGUGAGGGGCAGAGAGAUUCAUGUUCAUGUUUUAAGACAUGGGUUUGAGUCGGAUGUGGAUGUGAUUAAUGCACUGAUAACUAUGUAUGUGAAAUGUGGGGAUGUCAAUACUGCAAGGUUGGUGUUCGAUAAAAUGCCUUAUAGAGACAGGAUUACAUGGAAUGCCAUGAUUUCUGGGUACUUUGAAAAUGGGGAGUGUUUGGAGGGACUGAGGUUGUUUGGUAGGAUGAUUGAACAUCCGGUUGAUCCUGAUUUGAUGACCAUGACCAGUGUGAUUACUGCGUGUGAGCUUCUGGGUGAUGAGAGAUUGGGGAGGCAAAUUCAUGGUUAUGUUCUGAGAAUGAAGUUUGGGAGAGACCCUUCGGUUCAUAAUUCGUUAAUUCAGAUGUACUCGUCUGUUGGACUUAUUGAGGAAGCUGAAAUGGUUUUCUAUCAUACAGAAUGUAGAGAUGUGGUGUCAUGGACCGCAAUGAUAUCAGGUUAUGAGAAUAGUUUGAUGCCUCAGAAAGCUCUUGAGACAUAUGAAAUGAUGGCAGCACAAGGUAUCAUGCCAGAUGAAAUCACAAUAGCCAGUGCACUCUCUGCUUGUUCUUGUUUAUGUCAUUUAGACAUGGGGAUGAACCUUCAUGAGGUGGCCAAGCAGAAUGGGUUCGUCUCUGAUGCGAUAGUUGUGAACACACUCAUUGACAUGUAUGCCAAGUGUAAAUGCAUUGACAAGGCUUUAGAAGUUUUCCACUCUGCUCGAGAGAAGAAUAUUAUAUCAUGGACAUCUAUCAUCCUUGGUCUUCGGAUCAACAACCGGUGUUUUGAAGCCUUAUUUUACUUCAGGGAGAUGAUUCUUAGACUGAAUCCAAAUUCUGUUUCUUUAAUUUGUGUCCUAUCUGCAUGUGCUAGAAUAGGAGCUUUGACAUGUGGAAAGGAGAUCCAUGCCCAUGCGUUGAGAACUGGAGUAAGUUUUGAUGGUUUUAUGCCGAAUGCAAUUUUAGACAUGUAUGUAAGGUGUGGAAGAAUGGAAUACGCUUGGAAACAAUUUUCCUCAGUUGAUCAUGAUGUUACCGCAUGGAACAUUUUGCUAACAGGAUAUGCUGAGCUUGGGAAAGGAGCACUUGCUACUGAGCUUUUUCAGAGAAUGGUAGAGUCAAACGUUAGUCCUGAUGAAGUUACAUUUGUCUCCAUAUUAUGUGCUUGCAGCAGAUCAGGUAUGGUGGCAGAAGGCUUGGAAUAUUUUAACAGCAUGGAGUAUAAGUACUCUAUUACUCCUAAUCUGAAACACUAUGCAUGUGUGGUUGAUUUACUUGGUCGUUCUGGGAGUUUGGAGGAAGCUUAUGAAUUCAUAGAGAAAAUGCCGAUGAAACCUGAUCCUGCAGUUUGGGGAGCUUUAUUAAAUGCAUGCAGGAUUCACCAUGAUGUUGAGCUUGGGGAGCUUGCUGCAGAAAAUAUCUUUCAAGAUGAUACGACAAGUGUUGGAUACUACAUUCUUCUCUCUAAUCUUUAUGCUGACAACAAUAAAUGGGACAAGGUAGCAGAAGUAAGAAAAAUGAUGAGACAGAAUGGGCUAAUUGUAGAUCCUGGAUGCAGCUGGGUGGAAGUCAAGGGCAUAGUGCAUGCUUUCCUCAGUGGUGACAACUUUCACCCUCAAAUAAAGGAAAUAAAUGCGAUUUUAGAGCGAUUUUACAUGAAGAUGAAGGAAGCUGGUGUAGAAGGGCCAGAAAGCAGUCAUAUGGACAUAAUGGAAGCUUCUAAGGCUGAUAUAUUUUGUGGGCAUAGUGAGAGACUGGCCAUUGCCUUUGCACUUAUUAACUCUGGCCCUGGGGUGCCUAUUUGGGUGACAAAGAAUCUGUACAUGUGCCAAAGUUGCCACAGCGUCGUCAAAUUUAUCUCUACGGAGGUUCGGAGAGAGAUUUCUGUAAGGGAUGCUGAGCAAUUUCACCAUUUCAAGGGAGGCAUCUGUUCUUGCAUGGAUGAAGGUUAUAGGAGCUAGCUUGAUUAGAAGGAUAACUGUGUGAUAUGUAGCAUUAUAUUGAAAAGUUAGAGUUGCAAAAUGUUACAACCUCAUAUAUAACAUGCUAUACAGAGUGUGGGGAAAAAGAUGUAAUGUCUGUUGAACAUAGGUAGCUAUAUAAUUUUCUAUGUAAGUAUAUAAUUAUUUUUCAACAUUUUAACCCCCUCCCAGAAAAACGGGGGAAAAUCAGGAUAUGUCUGCUUCUGUGGUCUAAGAUCUCAUUGUAAUUUGUAACCUACAAUCUAACAAAGUGAUACAAAUUGAAUUUUGAUGGA